AUGCAGGACAAGAGCAUUGGUUUGACUUCAACCGUUGUAGCCACGCCGUUCAACAUACCACCCUGGACCUACCGCACCCGGAUUCAGAACUUGAACACUAUGCUGGUAGCAAGCGGCGUCCCCAUAAGAGCAUGUCACAGUGCUGCUCAGCAUCUCCUGAAAGUCGCCAUGGCCUCCCUGACGCGUCCUCGCAGCUUGCGGCAUCGCUUGAUGACCACAGGCUCAAGCGAUACGGCUGCAGACCCUGAGAGCCCCAAAGAGCCUUCCGACCCGUUUCUCGCCCGAGCUCAGAAGAUGCUGGGGACCCAGAGCUUGGCGCCCUAUGAAGUUGCAUUCUGGAUACUACAGAAGGAUAGGAAGAAGCAGCUGGUAGAGCUUGAGCUGCACGAUCAGAAAAAGGAUUUGGCUUCUUCAAUCAAGAUUGAAAAACAGUUCCUUGAGAGACAGCUCCGAAACGAACUUGAGAAAGAAGAGAGCUACUUCAAGUAUAUACUCUCGUAUCCUACCCAAAGAUGUCUACUUCAAGACCUGUUCCAGCAAGUAGCAUGCAAUGUGAACUUGAGCGACGAGGAGAUAAGUCGUCUGUUUGACGCUUCCAACGUGUCUCGAGAGGGCUGGUAUCGGCUGGAGAAAGAAUCGCUGCCGAUGGAGAGAAUAUACAGGAUGUUGCAGUCUCAAGAUCUUCGCCGUGAGAUGUGGAGAAGGCUGGGGCUCAACGAGGAUAUGGAGCUGCCUGCUGAUUUCACUACGACUAUACAUCUCUACAAGAGCCUGCCGACUGAUAUCUUCCGUUGGCCACUGGGGAACUUCGUGUACUUGGACAAGCGCGCCAGCGAAGUGGAAAAGCGAUUCUUCAGAGAAGUGUGCAACAAGUUCAAUAGGCAUCUCGAUGUCUUCGAUAUCAAAAUAGCACCAUUGGGCGAGCUGAUCCUCGAAAGCAAGGCCCGCGCUUGCAAGACUUAG